UUGCUUCCUUCACUGUGAGCUUGUUCUUGACAGAGGGCAGCUGAAGCUUUGAUUUGUUAAACAUCUUUGAAGAGGUACCAUUUGGUCAUCACACCAAAAGCAAAAAAAAAAAAAAUGAGUCAGAAAGAAGUUGAACUAAUGCAAGGCAUAGCAGAAGGACUUGGCUACCGAAAAGAGGUGUGCACCUACAUUAAAGAAAAAAAAAUUACUCUAGACAACAUCUCCUCCACCCAUCGUCCACCUCUUGAAAUGCAGCAUGAUAUAGACCAACUCUCAAAGUAUGCAAAGAGGAGAAAAGAAGAAAGAUUGUACAAGGUAUUCAAGGAUUCUGUGCAUGGCCUCAUCACUCUCCAUCCACUUUUGGUUAAAAUAGUGGACACCCCACAGUUUCAGAGGCUCCGGAGUAUAAAGCAGCUUGGGGUUGGCUAUCGUGUCUACCCUGGGGCAUCCCACAACAGAUUUGAACACUCUCUUGGUGUGUGUCACCUUGCAAAGCUACUUGUCACUUCCCUUAAGAAGAAGCAGCCUGAGCUCAAUAUCACUGAUGAAGAUGUCCUUUGUGUGCAGAUUGCAGCUUUGUGCCAUGAUUUAGGACAUGGACCAUUUUCCCAUGUAUUUGAUGGAACUUUCCUUAAGGACAAGGAGAAGGACAAGGAGAAGAGCAAAGACAAGUGCAAGGACAAUGAUAAGGGACCAAAACCAGGUCCAGGCCCAGGCCCAAGCUCUGGUUCAGUUUCACUAGUUCAUGCCCAGGAUGAAGAUUGGAAGCAUGAAAAUAGUUCAUGUAAAUUGUUUGACCACAUGUACAAAACCAAUGGAUUGGAGGACAUCUUUGGGAAAUAUGGAAUUAAAGAUGAAAUAAAUUUCAUCAAGGAGAUGAUUAAUGUGCCUGAGGCAUGUAAGGGAAGAGAUGACAAAAAGUCAUUCCUGUAUGAAAUUGUUUCCAACAAAGAAACUGGAAUUGAUGUUGACAAAUUUGACUAUUUUGCAAGAGACUGCCACCAUUUAGGGAUUCAGUCAGGCUUUGACUACCAGCGAUACAUUGAAUUUGCUCGAGUCUGCAAGUUUAAUGGUAAAUGGCGUAUUUGUACUCGAGAUAAGGAGGCUUUUAACUUGUAUGAAUUGUUCUCCAUCCGCAAAUCACUCUUCAAGAGAGUUUAUUACCACAAAACCACCUGCAGUAUCGAACUCAUGAUUUCUGAUGCUCUAAAGUUGGCUGAUCCAGUUCUGAACCUUUCAAGCAGCAUUAACAAUAUGGAGAAAUACCAGACUCUUACAGAUGAUAUCUACAAUCAAAUACUUUUUUACGAAGGGAAGGACUCUAAGAUGAUUGAGGCCAAAGAAAUCUUAGAGAGGAUUGAAAAAAGACAGCUGUAUAAGUUUAUGACUAAAAUUCAAAUUAGCAAAGAUGGAGAGAUUGAUAAAAAAGUUAAAAUGGCAGAAGAGGACUUGACACAGAGGGACCCAAAAAAUUUUAUUGUGAAGACCUACAAAAUUAGCUAUGGUAUGGGCAACAAGAAUCCAAUUGAUCAGGUUGGAUUCUACAAGCCAGACAAUCCUUCUAAAGCAGAAAAGAUUGAAAUAAAUAAGGUUUCCCCAAUGUUACCACAAAUCUUCCAAGAAGAAGUACUUCGUGUUUACUAUAGAGGAGAUGACAUAGAAACUGCUAAAAAGACUGUCGAUGAUUGGCAGGAAAAGUACUGGCCAGACACAAAAUAACAGCCAAAUCUGUGAUGGAUAAGCAGCAGAGAAGUUCAAGAGGACAGAAUCAAAACAUCAUCCUUUAUUCUUUUACUUUUCAAAUUUCAGAAAUUGUUUUGAUUGUUCAUUUUCAUUAAUGUCUUUCAUAAUCAUCUGUUCUUUAUGGGUAAAGGUUAAAUAUAAAUAUUCCAUAUAAUUAUCAAUUCUUUACAAUGGAAUGCUACUAAUAACAUUUAAAUCUUUUAGUUUUCAUAUUUUAUAAACUUCUGCUAUAAUCUUUUUAUUUCAUUAAAUUCUGAUUUAUUAUAUAUUCUUUUUAAUAUAUACAUUUUUCUUUUUUGCUUUGGUUAAGGGGUUUGCAUGUUUUGAAUGUGCUGGUGCAUAUGUAGCCUUUAAAUAGAAUGAUAUUCCAGGUAAAGUUAAUCAAAAAUCUUAACUUCAUUUUUUAGUAUGUAAAAGACAUUCUUAGUAAGCUAGCAUUCCUGCUAAUUACAUAUCGGUAUUUCCUUAGUUUGGAUAGAAAUGCUUGAUUUUAGAAGAUAAAGUUAAUUAGAUAAGUACACACCACUGUUAGAACAUUAGAACAGUUAAGUCGAGAACAGGCCAUUCAGCCCAGUGUCUAUCCUUUUCACUGUGACUGUCCAAAGUAACAUUAAGUCAACAUUUGAAGGUUCCUGAAGUACUAGUCUAGUAAAGCUCAUCUCCUAGCUAACAUGUAAAUGGCCCAUUCCAGUAGUAAUGGGAAAUUUGUGAAUGAUUCAUUCUUUCUGAAUAACUCUUUUCAGUGAAUUCUACAAACUGAUUUGUGAGCAUUCUGUGCCGUUCAACAGGAGUGCUAAAGUGCAUGUGUGUUCUUCCUGCAUGCUGUCACCAGCCUCUUUUGUUUUACUGAUAGAUGUUUAAAGCAAUGCACAAUUCUCAUUCACUUCUGAUUCUGUAAUAAAACAUCUUAUUUUAAUUUGGCAUCUUAAGUGUAUUAUCUUGCUUUGUAUAUGGAAACAGGACAAUGGCAUAUAAAUUGUAGUGUUAAAUAUAUAAUUAAUUACUGUAUACAUAAAUAAUUAUAUAUUUAUAGAUAGAGUCUUUAGAAUUAAUUAUAUAUAAAUACUCAUAUGUAAUCAGUUGUAUGUAAAUUAAUAAACAGUGAUAUUAUUUAUAUACACAUAAACACAUACUAUUUGUCAAAAUAAUACACUAAAGUGUAAAUGAAUCAAAUGAAUGAAAAUAAUCAAUUUAUUUAAAUGGGUAGUUUGAUAGAAUUAAAUCAGUAAAGUGAAUUAAAAUGCCCAUCACUACAUUCUAGUAGACCCCAGUUUUUUUUUAAGAUGACACAGUUUUCUGAUCAUAACACAAUGUAAAACAAUGUAAUGGCUGUAGAAAGUAAUACAGUUAAUACAUACAGUGUGACAAGUAGAACACACUGUAGUAUAUAGUAAAUUAUAAUAGACAUAAAAGCCUAGAACUAUAACAUAAUAAAGAACAUGUUUUGUUGUAUAUGUUAUGUAGAGAAAAGCCAAGCAAAAUGACACAUUUUAUUGGCUAACUAAAAAGAUUACAAUAUGCAAGCUUUUGAGGCAACUCAGGCCCCUUCUUCAUCUUCUUCAUCUUGUCUGAAGCAGGGGCCUGAGUUGCCUCGAAAGCUUGCAUAUUGUAAUCUUUUUAGUUAGCCAAUAAAAGGUGUCAUUUUGCUUGGCUUUUCUCUACAUUCAUAAUGGCUAACACGAUACAACACCCUAGUACUACUGUAUAUGUUAUAAAAUUUUCUUGUAAUUUUACUAAAAGCUUGAAAAUAAAGUUGCUUGGGCUGUGUAAUUUCUUA